CGAUCAUGAGUCUUAAUCCGACGGUUGAACAGCUGGACCUGGUAUUGGCCUUAGGGCUGGAGUUGGCAUUCGCUGAAUCUCUUUGAACCCUCCCGCUUCGACCUACUGACUUUCCAAUCCCUUGUUGCAGCGAUGGGUAUAGAUUUGAAGGCCGGGGGUCGCAACAAGAAGACCAAGCGUACAGCGCCCAAGAGCGACAAUGUGUACCUGAAGCUUCUUGUGAAGCUGUAUCGGUUCCUGGUCAGGAGAACCGAUGCCCCUUUCAAUUCAGUUGUCUUGAAGCGCUUGUUUAUGAGCCGUAUCAACCGACCUCCCAUUUCUAUGUCUCGUCUUGUGAAGUACAUGACCGGCAAGGAAGGAAAAAUUGCUGUUAUCGUGGGUACUGUCACUGACGACACUAGAAUCUACGAAGUUCCAGCUUUGAAGGUGGCUGCUCUUCGAUUUACCGAAACAGCUCGUGCUCGUAUCUUGAAGAGCGGAGGGGAGGUUUUGACUUUCGACCAGCUUGCCCUGAGAGCUCCGACUGGAUCCAAUUGCGUAUUGCUGAGGGGACCUAAGAAUGCUCGUGAAGCCGUGAAGCACUUCGGGGCACCUGGUGUACCACAAAGUCAUGCCAAGCCCUAUGUGCGAUCCAAAGGACGCAAGUUUGAGAAGGCUCGUGGGCGCCGUAACAGCAGAGGUUUUAAGGUUUAGGCAUGGUUCUCUCACUGUUUGGAUAAGAUAUUUCUACACAUGCUCGUGUACGCUGAGUUUAUAAUGAUCCCAUUACCUCCAACUGCACGACUCCGUGUCCUCAACUGACUGUUUCCGGUGUUUAUCUGCGAUGGUGAAUACACAGUUUAUAAUCCUUGGCA